AAGUAUCAGCAACUUCCCUCCACUCUCAUAGCGACCUGUUCCUUGCCCCCUGUCUCUUCUUCUUACUUGAUCACAUACAACUAAAUAAAAAAAAUCAUGGCAGCCAUUAAACUCCAUGGGAACAUGAUCUCAACAGCCACAACGCGAGUUCUAGCCACCCUUUAUGAGAAAGAUCUUGAAGCUGAGUUUGUCAAUGUAGACAUGAAAGCUGGUGAACAUAAAAAAGAGCACUUCCUGUCCAUGAAUCCAUUUGGUCAAGUUCCAGCUUUUGAAGAUGGAGAUAUGACGCUCUUUGAAUCAAGGGCAAUAACUAGAUACGUUUGCCACGAGUAUGCAGACAAGGGGACUCCGCUGUUACCACCUGGAGACUCUAAGAAGAAAUCAACCAUAUCUGUGUGGAUGGAGGUGGAGGCCCAUCAAUUUGACCCCCCAUCCACGUUGCUUACCUGGGAGCUGGCAAUAAAGCCACUGUUCGGGUUGAACACAGACACAAAAGUUGUGGAGGAGAACGAACCCAAACUGGCCAAGGUUCUUGAUGUCUAUGAGUCUCGACUGGCUAAGUCGAAGUACCUGGGAUGGGACUGCUUCACCUUGGCCGAUCUGCACCACCUGCCCAAUAUAGAAUACUUGAUGGGUACUCGAAUUAAAGAGCUCUUUGAUUCGCGCCCCAACGUCAGUGCCUGGGUGGCUGAUAUCAGAUCAAGGCCAUCUUGGUUGAAGGUCCUUGCCGCGCAUAAGCAGUAAUUAGGAGUGCAGAUAGUGAUGCAUCCUACCAUAUGUAUUUUGUCUUUCCUCCAUAAGAGCACGAGAGGUUUGAGCUCAGUGUAUUUUGAUUCUAGUGUCAUAGUCUUCCCAUUUUCAAUGACGGCAUUUACAUUUUUAUGUUGCUUUCACAA